UUCAAGUUGCGCCUUCUCCUCUGCUGUAAGGCUGUCUGCUCUGGCCUGAACAAGCAUCGCCCACUUAAAUAAUACACCAAAUACUGUGGAUUUUACCGCGAAAUCUGGAUCUGCACACGGACAUGGAUUCACCCUCGCCAUAUACGAGUGGAUUAUAAACACGCGGGAUUCAAAGAAUGAAGAUGCCUGAGGCUGGAAGUUAAGAGCCCUCAACCAGAGAGAGCGUGUUCCAGGACUGGGGCUGGACCCAGAGACCCCUGACUGGGGGGGGGGGUGAGGGCCCUUACAGCCCUGUGUGAGUCUGGACCAUGGGGGAUGGAGGCGCCGGGGCUACUGGAGGAGAUGGGGUGAACCGGUCCCAUGUCCUGUUCGACAACUUUGUCCAGGCAACCACGUGUAAGGGCACGCUCAAGGCCUUCCAGGAGCUGUGCGACCACCUGGAAGUCAAGCCCAUCGAGUCCAGGAUCUUCUACCACAAGCUCAAGUCCAAACUCAACUACUGGAAGGCCAAGGCACUCUGGGUAAAGUUAGAUAAGAGGGCCAGCCAGAAGGAGUACAAGAAAGGCCGUGCAUGUGCCAACUCAAAGUGUCUGAUCAUUGGUGCAGGACCAUGCGGCUUACGUACAGCCAUCGAGCUGGCUUUCCUGGGGGCCAAAGUGGUGCUGCUGGAGAAGAGAGAUGCCUUCUCUAGGAAUAAUGUGCUGCACCUCUGGCCCUUCACCAUUCAGGACCUCAGGGGCCUUGGGGCAAAGAAGUUCUAUGGAAAGUUCUGUGCUGGUGCUAUCGAUCAUAUCAGUAUUCGUCAGCUUCAGCUAAUGCUGCUCAAAGUGGCUCUCCUGCUGGGCAUAGAGAUCCAUGUCAAUGCCGAGUUUAAGGGCCUCAUUGAGCCCCCUGAAGAUCAAGAGACUGAAAGGAUUGGUUGGAGGGCUGAGGUCCACCCCAGGACACACCCUGUCAAUGAGCUGGAGUUCGAUGUCAUUAUUGGAGCAGAUGGAAGGAGAAACACGCUACCAGGGUUUCGGCGUAAGGAGUUCCGGGGCAA